AUGGCUCAGCCCGGAUCGUCCUCCCGACCUGGACUAUCAUCGACAUGUGAUCCUACGUCCCUGGCCAAGAUUCAGAUUCUCUUGGUGCCUAUUCAGCUGCCUGGAUCCCCCCUAUCGUCUCAACAGUUCGACUAUUGGUCACAUUUAUUCAGAUCAAGGACUUCACUCCGAAGCGAUGAUCUCUCCACCUCUCAUGCGGCGAGUCUCAAUGGCUCAGGACCAAGUGGACCAUCUCAUGGUGCUGCUAGAUCAAGCACGGGGGUAUCAGGGCAUUCGACAAGCCGGAGCAGGUUCUCACCCAAUUCCAAUACUGGAUCCAUCUCCAAGGGACCAGGAGCGGGCUUGGUCAAUCAUGUUCAUUUAUCCUACGCUGCCCACCCACCCGCUAGGCAUUUAUCCAGCUUGAGCCUUCUUCGAAUCUCCAUGUUCCCAUUGAUCGUCAUUGGCGUAGCGCUAAAGCCAACAAGUGGGGAUCUAGGAGAAUCCAUCGAGGGCUACUCCGUCGAUGGAGGUGAUACGUCUGGAGGAUCAGCUCAGGCAAAUGGACAGAGUACAGAUGGACAUGCUGGUAAUACUGGCUCUAUGCGCGUUUUCGAUGAAGCUGUCCACGCCUUGUUUCCUCCCUCUUCGCCAUUCCCACUGGUCAAGCGCCUCGUCCUCGUCCCUCCCAAACAUCCGUCACACCUCUCUCGAGGAUCAGAGAGCAAACCUGUGCGCCGCCCUGCCGAGUCAAACGAUGCGCUCGACCGUAAAGGAAAAUUUGUCGAACGUGAUGUUCUUGAGGCGCCAUGGGACAAUGAAGAGACGUGGAUCAUCAAGUUUCUAGGUGGAGUCGUCGGUGAUGUCCUCGGAGAAUUGGGAGAUCUAGUCACAGCCAUGGAAACACCUCAAGGUCUCAAGACGUUAUCAGCUACUCUCUUGCCAUCCUUGACGUCUAAUCCGAGCUCGAUCUCGCACCAAACGCUUGAAUCACUCGCAGAGGAACCUUCAUUCCCCAAUGGCGAUCGACCGAGACGCCCGAGCACUACAACACCAUAUCCUGUAUCUCACUCCCCGAUCGAAGGACUAGGCAUCGGUAUAUCGCUCAAGAGAUCCUUGACUCCCGGUGGAAGGCCAACGUCCAUCGCUGCUCCCUCUCUACCUCCAUUACAGACCAAUGCGAUCGCUUCAUCUUCUCGCGAUUCGACCCCUACGACCACCACUUCAUCAUCAUCUAAUCCUUUCCGUCGAACGUCAGGCAUCCCAUCUGCAUUCACACGAUCUUCAUCUGCAGCGUCCCUUGCCCCGCCUGCCAACCCUAACCCUUUCCCUGCCUCUACGUCCAAGUAUACCACCGCGUCUCUCGUCGGCCUCGCCGGAGGUCGAUUGUUGAAAUUGCUCGGAGACAUGUAUCUCCUAGCGGGUAUGUACACAGACGCCGUCAAGUGCUUUGAUGAUGGUGCCGAGAGGUGCAGAAGCGUCGGGGACGUCCUCUGGGAGGCCCUUGCCAGGGAAGGGCGGGCAGUAGCUGGAAUGGGAGAGGCGUGGGAAGGAAGGGAUGGCUCGGAGAUGACUCAACCAUUUCCCAACUCGCCCAUCCCCAUUGAAAUCUUGACUCAUCUCUUAUCGUCCCUCGCUUGUUUGUCCCGUGCGCCACUUCCUUACCCUUCCACCAUCCUCUCACCAAGCCCUCAAGCCAUCUCGGGGAGUCUGUCGUUCGCCACCCCGUCUUCACCUAAUCCUUCCAUCGUCGGUACUGGAGAGGGUCUCCUAGCGUACCUCCACACAAGUUUAUCGCUUCGAAUCAGUCAUUUUCUCCUGAUCAUUUGGGCUUCUUCAGGUUGGGGAUCCAUCGCUUUAUCCUCAUUAUUCUCACAUACUAUCCCACGAUCAUUUCCUCCAAGCUUGUCUCCCGAGGAAUCUCGUGAUGCCUCUGCUCGUCAACGUCGACACCGAUUCCUGUUAUCACUCCACCAGAAGUCUCAAUUGGAUCGACAGGCCAUGUUCGCACAUGCCGAAGGGGCUCUUCAACCCCAUCAUCGCGCUCUCACCAAGGCCGAACAGGUCGCCCUCCAUACUGAGGUUGUCUGGCUCGCCAGAUGGCUCGAUCUACCGCGCAAAGAGGCAUUUUUCAGUCGAGAAUUGGUCAAGCGGAUCGGAGAACUGAUCGUAGAGAGUCGUGAGGAAUCUCGAAGGCGAGGACAAGCGGGAUUCUCUCGGACCAAGAGUGCAAUACCUCUCAAUGAUACGAACGGCUCUACCCCAGCCUCGCAGUCUGUCGCGCCACGCCAGCGAGAAUCCACAGAGGGAAAUCAAAGUGUCAUUAUGCUCUUCGAACGAGCAAUGAACAGCAUGGGCCUUGAUGUCCUCUCACUCUCCACGUCGGACGGAAAACGGACGACGCUACGACAGACAGGUACGGAGCAAGUUAAACCGCCACGAUUUGGAUGGCCGGAACUCCAAGUGGAAAUGAUCAAAGAAGGCAUAUCCGUUGCCGAUAGUUUACCGGAUCAAGUUGGAGUCAUCAGACUCUGUAUGACGGCCCUCAGAGAGCUGCACAUGUAUCUCAACCCUGGAAGUCAGGGAGUCUUGGCAAAGAUGCUUCCUAACGCCUUGGCGGUAGUGAGGCGUAGAGGCAUGCCAUUGGAGAACCUUCGCUGGUGGUUACCUGGUCUGACGGUUCUCAGCAUCGAGCUGACAAAUCUGCCUCCAAAUCGUCUGCCAUUGGAACAUUCUCGAGAAGAGAUUGCUACGGAUAAGGGAAGAGAUCCGUUCCUGUAUAAUCCCAGACUUCGAGCGGCUGAAGCAGGAAAGACCGUCCUCAUCGCGAAGGAACAGACUGAUGUGUAUGUCACUUUGCGGAAUCCAUUUGCCUUCAACCUCGAGAUUCAAGAUAUGUCCUUGAUCACCGCCGGUAUAGAAUUUGUGGUCACGCCUCUUUCAGUCAGCCUCGCCCCUCAGUCUAUCCAAUCGGUCCGAAUCGUAGGCAUCGCCUCGACGGCUGGUUCCCUCCAGAUCAAAGGUGUCAGAUUGAGACUCGGCGAUGGGUCCGCUUGUGAUAUCCUUCUACCCGUUGUCGAUGACGCAGAGCGGAAGAGAAUUGUGAAGCACAAGAGUCGAGCGAUGAUGGACUUCGCCAAGACGAAGGUGCAAGGUCUAGAUGCUAGAUACACAGGUACUACGGAGCCCGAGCCCCCGAUAACAGAUCCUAGCUCCGAGAGAUGGCUGGAAUGCAGAGUCGUGGAUGAGCAACCGCUUGUCUGGAUCAAGAAGAGCAGCUUGACACACGGCACAAUCAUGCUGUACGAUGGAGAAGCAUCUUUCAUCCGGCUCACGCUUGAGAACACAUCUACUAUUCCCGUGGAUUUUGUCAAACUCUCGUUUGACGAUUCUAGCUCCAGAGCCGCUCGAGCCUUGAUAUCAGAGGGUGAAUUAACACCUCAACAUGCGCACGAGCUCGAGUGGGAUAUACUCCAUCGGCCAGUCUUGACGUGGGAUGACGAUGGCGAGUCGAACAUCCCGCCAGGUGGAAGGACAACGAUAUCGGUCAAAUGUCUUGGCAAGGUUGGAUGUACCGACGGGACUAUCCGGAUUGACUAUGGAUAUCUCAAGCGCUCUGGAGAUACAUCUUCGGUGCCUAACUCGUUCCAAACGCGACAAAUGACCUUCCCAGUCAUCUUUACUGUCUAUCAUACACUUGAACCGCACUCGUUGGACAUUGUCCGGUUCGUGCCGCCCAAUUCACCGGUAGAGUCCAAAGAUACCGAGGUCGUCGGCCUAUUUGCAGAGCAGAAUGAUUACCUCUCACCGCUCCCUACGCCUCGGACUCCGGGGACACCCAGGAUCAGAGAGAUGGAGAAGGAAUCCCUGAAGGAGGUGAUGAAGUCUGAAAUGGACGCUUCACAUUGCCUCUUUGGACUGUAUGUCAGUAAUGUGUAUGGCGUGCCGUUCGAAGUUUCUCUAUCGCGAAAAGGGUCAGGCGCUCAGGAAGCACCUCUGACUACGACUCGGCUGGUACCGCCAGGAGCGACUGAGCGAUUGCUUAUUCCUCUCCCUCGGCUGUCUCUGCCCUCAUCAACGACAUCACAACCCAUCCCAUCACUUUCGGACAGACAAUACGUCGUAGAUAAAUCGACGAGGACGCCCGCGCAGAUCCAAGAGGAACGACAAUUAUUCUGGUACCGAGAAGAACUGCUCAAGACAGUGUCCGCGACCUGGAUAGAGCCCGGAUCCAAGAGACAAGGCUUCAUGUCCCUCAGGGAUCAAGUCUUCACCGCUUCAUUGCUUGAAGUUUAUCGAUCUGAUGAUCUCGAGAUUGAGAUUGAAAUCUCAUCUCGGGAUGCCGAAAGGUUGAUCACUGGAGAGUUCAUCGAUAUAACAGUCAGACUGACGAAUCGGCUCGAAAUCCCUUACCAGCCUUUUGUCCGCCUAGAGGCUCUUCCGACUUUGAACUCUGAACCUUCCUGGGCUCAAUCAACUCCUGCUCGUCGACCUCCAUCUGGCGCUCCACCCGUUCAUAAUCUGAAGAACGUCAUUUUGGACGGGUGUCUGGGUCAGGUUCUACCUCUCAUACAACCCGGUGAGAGCUCGACACACUCGCUCAGUGCAAUCUUCCUCGCUGCGGGUUCUUACUCCUUCCGAGCCGCUGUGGAUGAGGUGGUAUUCCAAGCCAGAGACAGUGGCGAUGAAGUCAAACCCCCUCCAAGAGUCAGGUUCUCUCCCCUCGUCACGGUCAAUGUGAUGACAGAGUAG